AUGGCUACCAAUAUCACCUGGCACGAAAACCUUACCCACCAAGAGCGUUCAGAUUUUCUUAAGCAAAAAGGUGUCACAGUGUGGCUCACUGGUUUAUCAGCAUCAGGUAAAUCCACAAUCGCUUGUGCAUUAGAACAAUCUUUGCUUGCAAGGGGUCUUAACUCUUAUCGUCUUGAUGGUGAUAACGUAAGAUUUGGCUUAAACAAAGAUUUAGGUUUCAGUGAAGCUGAUAGAAAUGAAAAUAUCAGAAGAAUUAGCGAAGUAGCCAAGUUAUUCAAUGAUUCAUGUUGCAUUACCUUAACUUCUUUCAUUUCUCCAUAUAAGCAAGAUCGUCAGUUGGCUAGAGAAUUACACGAAAAGGAUAACCUUCCUUUCGUUGAAGUUUAUGUAGACGUUCCAGUUUCUGUAGCAGAAGAAAGAGAUCCAAAGGGUUUAUACAAGAAGGCUAGAGAAGGUUUGAUUAAAGAAUUCACUGGUGUAAGUGCUCCAUAUGAAGCUCCAGAAUCUCCUGAAAUUCACUUGAAAAACUACGAAGGUGUAUCUGUAGAAGAUGCUGCACAACAAAUUAUUCAAUAUUUACAAGACAAAAAGUAUAUUUAG